AUGUAUGAUAAACCAUAUCUUCAAAUAACGGUCGAACCAGUCACGACAUUACCAGCACCUUAUAUCUAUUUCGAGGCGCCUUUCAAUUUCACUCUGACUUGUGAUCUUUUAGAUAUUGGAGGGAACAUAAUAAACGCAGAAAAACAAAAAUUGAGAAGCAACUUUAUAGAAUAUUCGUCCAAAAAAAUUUCAAAUAGAUUGAUGAGCUACGUAGGAUUGGUCUGGGGAGGUGUUUCUAGUAAAAAUGAAUCAUUGUUGAAUUUCAGUCAACAAGGUGUUUAUGGCCUUUCAGUACAAUUCUUUUCAAAUCAAACAUUUGACGAAUCAAUUGAUAACCUGCCCGCGAAUUUUAAUGGGAUUAAAGCAUAUUUGUAUGACGCCAUGAAAGAAAAGAUAGAUUUUUCUAUGGCUAAACAAAUCUCUGCCAACGCUAGAAAUGAGCAAAUAGACAACGCAAAUUCAUAUGUACUCUCUCCCAUGGAGAGAACCAUCGUCAGAUUUAAUAGAAUGCAAAAUAAUGACCUUGAUGGACAUAAAUACAGAAAUCAUUUGGGCAUAGGGGCCAAACCAAACUCUUAUUAUUUGAUAAGCUCAAGAGCAGAGAUUGUUAGUCCAUUUAUAAUUUCAAAUUUUAAACCAUUAUCCACAUUUGAGUUGUAUUAUGAUUCACGUCUUGUAACGAUAAACGAGCAAAUAAGAGAUAAGACGGUUUUGUCUAUUUUAAGUUCUCUUGGUGGUGCCUUCGGUUUAUGGAUGGGAAUUUUUGUCUUUUGUUUCGGUGCACCCCAAAUCGCACCUUGGGGAUGGGCGCAAGAAUUAUAUGGCGUUAGACAUGCGCUCAAAGUACAACUUCGUUCAAAAUUCUCAGGUCACGUUCCCCUCGUAGACAGCGCGCCCUCAAAGAAUUACAAUGAAAAAUCAGAUUAUGAUCGAGUAGACGCCCUUGAGAUUCGAUGUGCUGCUCUCGAACUAUUGCUGAAGGAUUAUGUUAUUGAUGUAGGCGAUUUAGAGGACUUGACUAAAAGUCGCAAAAUCCACAAAUAA